AUGACAGUCAAGGUGCAGGACAUGUUUGAAAAGCAGCUGCUCCGGGAUCACCCUCCCUCCCCCUCCCCCUCUCCCUCCCCAUCCUCCCCCCUCCUCUUUCCCCCUCCCCUGCUCUCCCCCCUCCCCUCUCUCACUCUCCCCCUCCCUCUUCUCCCUCUCUCUCCCCCCCUCCCUCCUCUUCUCGGUGAGUCGCUGUGCGCCUCAUUCCAGCGCAGCCCGCUGAGCGAAGCGGCCGUUUCUCUGCAGCAGAAGAACACACUCAGGGACCAGGACCAGGACCAGGAACCGCAGGGACCAGGGAUUUACGCCUGUCCACAUUUGCGGCUUAUUGCGUCCGACCCGCGCGUGUCCCGAGUCUUCAGUGGAAUAACUUGCUCCGUGCACAGUCUGGACUACAACAUACCCGGGCUGCGUGAGCGGGACUGGAUCUGCGUGAACGGGACUGGAGCUGAGCGGGACUGGAGCCUGCGCUGUCAGACCGUGGAGCUCUGA